AUGCCCACAGCGCCCGAACGAGUAAUAAUGGACUUCGAACUGGCAUCCAAACAGGCAAUACAUGAUGUAUAUGGUAGCCAGGUCCAGGCACAUGGUUGCCAUUUCCAUUACACCCAGUGUUUGAGGAGAAAAAUCGACGAAUAUGCCAAGCGGGACUUCCGAGAUAACGAAGUCUUCGCCUUGUUCAUCCGACACCUGAUGGCCCUCCCAUUCGCAAAGCCUCAGCAUGUGGAACAUUAUUUUGAACAACUGAUGAUCAAAUACCGUGGUCUGCUUGGCACUGACACACCGAGAUUGCUGGUUCCGAUAAAAGAGUACAUGGAAAGAACAUGGAUUGGACUUCCAGGCCUACUUCCAGGAGAUGAUAGGCAAGUUCCAUUGUUUGAAAUUCCAUUUUGGAAUUGUUACGAAUACACUAUGAUAGAUUUGCCUAGGACCAACAACAAUGUAGAGGCCUGGCACCGUGCCAUUCAACAAGCAGUUCGCCAGAAACAUCCGACAAUAGAAAGCCUCAUCAAGGUUCUGAAGCAGGAAGAAGCGAUCGCCAAUCUGGACAUUGCCCAUUCGUUAGCUGGAGACGUGCCACCAUUCAUAAGACGGCAGAAGUAUUUCACGCUCAAUGAACGUUUCAAGAAAGUGUUGACCGUCUACAACCCCGAUCCAUUGCUUUUCCUUGGUGGAAUCGUUCAGAACAUUCGCUAG